GGGUCUAUUUCUGAGCUCAGGGCCGAGGAUUAAACAGAGAAACAGUCCCGGCACCAUGACAGCAUCCAGCACAUAGAUAGCACCCCUCCACCUCCACCACCCAAUCAUCAUCCUCAUCCGGUCGGAGGGGCACGCGGCGGAUUUUUCGGGGGAGAUAGUCGCUGUCUGUCUUCACAUUCUCCGCGUCACCCUGCACAGACUCUCGUUCCGCGUUCGUCCUCUUGAAAAGCACGAGGAUUGUGCAUCCCUACCUACUCCUCUGGUGUGAAAAAAGGUAAAUGUGUUUGGCUUACGUGCAUGCUCUAGCACUGCUUCAGGCCCCGUGGAGUGACUCAGGAAUGUUUAUGUUGUCCCAUGUGAUUGGACGUGCAUGCUCUGAGCUCACGCUGCCAGAGAAGAUAGAUACACAACGUCCAGAACUUGCACAUCAGGAAAGUCUUGAUGCCUGGCUGCAUUAGUCUCCGACUGCCCCGCUGACUGCUCCAGCGUCCCGCUUACUGCAGCCAGCCUGGCCCGCCAUGAUCUUCCUCUCCUCUGCAUGUCUCCAGGGCAGUUGCUGGGAUGGCCCUUUUCUGUUCCAGCGUGACACAAAGCGACAUCUUCACUUGCUGUGGCUACACCAGACAGGGACCAGGACCGAUGCUCACAAGGGUCUCUCUCCACCUCCUUUCAGCCAAUCCUGGAAGGGCCGGAGAGCUGAUGUCUCAGAGGACGAGUGGCUGCUUGCGUUGUGGAGUCCUAAAGAGGCAAGCUUCAUCGCGAUAAAUGGAGGAGAAGGAGCGGUGUCGGAGCAGGUCUCCAGCUCGGAGAGCGAGUCGAGUUCAGCAGGUGGUGGGAACCAUAAUACGUCGCACCCGAGAAUCACUGAGCAGGGAGCGGUUGCUUGGCGAUGGGAGGCCUCAACGUUCCAACAGCCUGUCCAAUCAGAAUUAUCAAGCCAAGCUGUCACUGCAGAUCACAAGGGAUCCUGUGCUGGACCGAAGUACCGGACAUGGAUUCACCCUCACCACAAACACACCCCUGCUGGUCAGGGAUGUGGCCACAGAAAGUCCUGCAGAUGGGAUACUCUACCCAGGGGACCAAGUGUUGCAGAUCAAUGACACAGUGUUGGAGGAUUUGAACGCAGAUCAGGUGGAAAACAUCUUAAGGGACUUGGAGGACUGUAUAACCGUAACGAUCCUCCGGCACAUGACUAACCCCAAAUCAUCCAUCAUGUCAGCAGAGAAGAGAGCCCGUCUGAGGAGUAAUCCAGUUAAAGUGCGCUUUGCAGAGGAGGUGGUGGUCAAUGGGCACACUCAGGGAAACUCUCUUCUCUUCCUGCCCAACGUUCUAAAAGUCUAUCUAGAGAACGGACAGACCAAGGCCUUCAAAUUUGACCACACUACCACUGUCAAGGAUAUAGUUCUGACUCUGAAGGAUAAACUAUCCAUCCGGGCUAUCGAAUACUUUGCCCUGGUGCUGGAGCAACAGUACAGCAUCACCAAACUACUGCUGCUGCAUGAAGAUGAGCUUAUACAGAAGGUGGUGCAGAAAAAAGACUCCCAUGAUUACAGAUGUCUUUUCCGGGUGUGCUUCAUUCCCAGAGAUCCUACGGAUCUGCAGCAGGAGGACGCCUUUGCCUUUGAGUACCUAUUUUUACAGAGUGUUGGUGAUGUUCUCCAGGAGCGCUUUGCUGUCGAGAUGAAGUGUAAUACUGCACUUCGCCUCGCUGCCCUGCACAUGCACGAGCGACUGGAUAGCUGCGGAUUGACAAGGACCUCUAUCAAAGCCAUUACGAAGGAGUUUGGCCUCGAUAGCUUCAUUUCCCCCACACUGCUAAGCAACAUGAGGGAGAAGGACCUGAGGAAAGCCAUCACCUACCACCUCAAAAAGAUCCAGGCUCUGUUAGAGCCACGCCAGAAGGUAAUAUCUGCUUCCCAGGCUCGGCUGGCCUACCUCACUCAACUGGGAGAGCUUGUUUCUUAUGGGGGAAGAUCCUACUCAGCUACGAUGAUGCUUCAAGAAAGAGAGGUGUCAGUCAGCCUCUUGGUGGGAGCCAAGUAUGGCAUGAGUCAGGUCAUCAACCACAAGCUCAAUGUAAUCUCUACAUUGGUUGAAUUCAGCAGCAUCAGCCGCGUGGAGUUGCUUUCCGAGUCGGACAAAGUCAGUCUACUGCGCAUCUCACUGCACGACAUGAAGCCGUUUGCCUUACUGAUGGACUCUCUGGCAGCCAAAGACCUAGCAUGUCUGCUGGGAGGGUACUGCAAACUCCAGGUGGAUCCGAGUCUCAAUAUCUUCCGAAUGGGGCGCCCCAAAGUGAGGGUGCACCGCAUUGCUGCUGAAGAAGGUGUGUGUGGGAAGUUCACCGCGGUAGAGGGCGAGUUCUAUGAAUCCCUAUCAAGUUAUGUGUCUCGCUGUUGUAGUGACUCAGAUGAAUCAACAGAUGAGGAUGACCCAAUGGACUCUCAGAAUUACAAACACCAUGACCCAGCAAGUCAGGACUGGGAGGAAAGACGGAGGGAGGAGGAAGGAAAGAGGAAAGAGGAGGAGAGACAAGAGAGGGAGGAGGACAAAUGCAAACAGGAAGUGCAGAUAAUAGUGACAACAGAAGGUAAAGAAUAUGGGGGUGAAGAGGAACGAGGUGCUACAGAAAGCAGACUGCGUAAAGUGAUGACUGAGGAACGGAAUCCGGAGACCACCUGGUACCACACGGAUUUACGGGUGACCAGCAGCUUUUCCAGCUUGUCUAGCAGCUCUUUGAGCGCUGCCCUAGAGGAGAGCAGUACAGCUCUCCCUCGUCUAGAUGCAUCAUACACGAGAGAGAAUACCCAAACUUUGGAUGUUCAUCAACCCUUCCUUCUGGAACCAGAACGCCUCCAAGGCCCGUCAAGACCGACUAAUCUCAAUUACCGAGUCAAUGACAACUCUUGUCUUUGUUUUGCUGAACUAUCUAAAGCUGAUUUCCUCUCAAGCCCGUCGGGGGCUACUAGUGAUGAUGAUGAGGAGGAGGAGGAGGAGGAGGAAGAACAGGGAAGGGAGGUAGUAAGACGCAUUUCUAAGAUCCCAAGUUCAAGAGAUUUAAGAAUGAUUGACAGCACACCUUUCGAAAGAGCGCCCAUUAGAAAAAAGAAAACCCCUCCCAAAGUCCCAGUACGAACCAGUUCCAUUCCAGGCCACAAAGCAGGACCAGCUGAGCAGCGCCUCUCCAAGGAUGAAGAGUCUCUUUUCCAAACUCCUUCCCCAAAUCCCAAACCAGCGCUUUUGGUCAAAGAGAAUGUGUCAGAGUCUGAAGAUGAGUUUUUUGAUGCACAGGAGAGAUUCACUCCACCAGUUCCAGAUCUCUCAGACGAAGAGCUGGCGGAUCAGCGGAAUGCUAAUCGGUUGAGUGGAACAUGGAAUUCACUUCCAGCUGCUUCGGGAAAAGUACCAGCCUCACCCCUUUCCAAUAAAGUGCAAACUGCUAGAAACAAGAAAGAAGUGGAGGAGCUCAAACGUCCCACAAAUACAGUUAAUAACCUUGUUAGUAAACUAUAUUCUGCAGAGAAAACUGAUUUUAAGGUUAAACCACCAUUGGCCCCUAAACCCCAGCUGCCUCCAAAACCUCAGAUUCCUCCUAAGUCUCCAAAGCAUGGGAAAUCAUAUCCCCACUGCAACGGGGAUGCCUCUGGAUGUCUGUCUUCUGACCUCUUGGAAAUGGAGCCGGACACUAUGGAAUUCAAGUCGGUCACAUAUGGUACAGGAGGGUUGCCUCUGUCGAAGCCACUCAUCACAGCAGUGCGACGCAACAAACAACCAUUACCAGUCACAUCACUACACACGAGGGAGGACCAGGCAAAUAGGACACAAGAGAAUAGACAAUAUGUCGUUUCCAAAGACAAAACAUACAUUCCUGGAAAAAAGGACCCUUUUGAAGAGACAAAAAGUAAUGGGACUACAAAAAGCCCACCAAAUGUACCUGUUAUCCCUCACUCAAAUUCAGGUACAAAGUUAUCUGCUCCACCUCCAGUACCACCAAAACCCACUUCUCCAAAAAUUCUCCAUCCUUUAUCAUUAGCUUCUAGCUCUCCAGUCUCUCCGACAGAUCCAAACAAAAGCAUCCUUAAAGACGUCACAAAUCCAACAAACAGUAUACACCCCUGGAGCAGCCGCAAUGGCAGUGUCCAGUCAGGACCCAGGAGGGUCUCUGUUAGCCACGAGAGCCUGUCACCCAAAAAUGCAGAUGCAUCAAUUGCCGCCUCCCUCACUCUAAGCAGCUCCAAAGAUGUUAUUGGCCACGAUAGUAGAGAACAACGAAGAUCUGGGUCUGGCUCAGAUCUUAGGAGUAGCUCUUCCAGCAUUGGAGGAAGACUAUCUGCCUCUGUUCUUAGGGGAAAGAUCCAAGCGCUUCCCUGGUACAUGACCCGCUCACAAGAGAUUUUGGGGACUCUGGACUACCCCUCUACUAGCUCAAUCAAUGGCGAUACAUCUGGGUUUGGUUCAGGUUUGUCUGUAGCAAGUGGGCUGUCUGAUACGAACAAGACCCCUGUGAAAGAUAACGAAACAGUAGCCUCAAAAACAGGCAGGAGAGGCAAUGUUUUUGAGGAUGGAGCUGAGGUUGUCAUAGCUACCAUUAAGGAAGCAGAGGACGUGAGCUCAUACUUGAGAAAGGUCAAUGGGAUAAAUGGGUCACAUCCAAAUCUUAAUUUUGCAAGCAACAGUGCACACAAUGUUUCAUCAGAGCAGCCUCAAUCACGGACCCACUCAGCAGUGGGAAUGGGAGGCAUGUCCAACAUGCAGAUUGGGGGAGACUCGCCAACGUCUUCCCUCGGAGACAGCACCCCUCCACAGCAGCGUGAGGCUUGUGGCUGCCGCACCGUUUACGCCAACUGUUUCAGCGGCGAUAACGAGGACGGCAUCAGCUUCGACGAGGAGCUGACUGUCUAUGAGUUCUCCCGCCGCACGCGUCCCAAAACAACACGACCUCCUCCUGUCCCUUCACCCACCAUACCCCCCCCAAAUCCCAAUAUCCUGUCACUGUUGAAAGACAACCCUCGUCCACUCUCCACUUUCUCCACUGCCUCCUCUGAACUCAGUCCCUUAGUUUCAUGUCCUGUGUCUCCGACAACCUCACUCCGGGGUCCCCUUCAUUCCCUCACCAACAAGAACUACGGUGGCCUGAAAGGAGGUUUUGCCUCCCUGCGACAAGAUAUAGAUCAGCUUUUGCUGGUCUUGGAGCGGACGCUACCUGAACAGAUGCAAACAAACAUCCUUUCAAAGCAGGAUGGUGCCGGACCCGAUCCCAAUCACAAUAGGAGUGAAGGCAACACUACGCAAACAGCAUGUUGUACGGGAUGCAGUCCUGCCAGUAUGACAGAGGCUGAGAGGAGUUUUCUCCAAGCAGAGGCUCGACGAGUCGCAUCCGGGUGUCAGCGGGCCACACGUGUAGGCUGGGCUCCCGAUGAAGCCCUGCGGUCUUUAUCAAACAGUUUUGGUGCGUUGGUUCAGCUAUCGGCAGCAUGCAUGCGAACCAGUCCGUGCGCUAGCUGUGACAGCUGCCAUAACGCAAGCGUGGAUGACGACAGCCAGGAGCCUAUGGACAAGUUGAAAGAGAUUGUGGGUCUGUACCGAGAAUUUGUUGGGGCUGUUGAGACAGCUGGAACUAGUGCUGCGUGCAAGAGUGUGGGCCUCACUGGGUCUGGACAGAGCCAAGGAGAAGGUGAUGGUGUGAGGCUGCUCGCCAAACGAUGCACUGUACUCAUCUCAUCUGUGUUCGCGCUCACACAGCUCUUCCGGACACCCACAUUAGACUCCUCUGAUACUCCUUGUGGUGUACCCCUCAACUUUUAACCUUCUAACCUGCCAGACUGUUAAGACACUGAAUUUAGAGCUGCGAGAGCUAUAGACCCUUUGUUCUUGUACAGUAAGUGCCAUGCACAUGCACACCACACAUAUCCACAUGAAAAUACAUAAAGCCCACAAAACCCUGAAUGAGGAGAGGAAACUUUGCCUGGCCUCUGUGGAUGCAUAUGGACUAUGCAUUUGUACAUAUGAGUUUUAUAACUCUUAUAUUUCUCUUAUUUUAUUACAACCUGUGUAUGUAUGCAAGGAUGAAUUGCCCAUUUAUGUAUUUAUGUAUUUAUUUUUUACAGUAUUUGCACCGUGGUCUAUGAUGUUCAGGUCUCUGGUGGUUAACAAAUCUGAAACUAUGGCUGUCACUGGAUUUUUUAAUUUUACCUUAUAUUUAAAACAUUAUUAUAUUAACUUGGAUUAUUUCACUCCAUAAGGUGUAAUCUGUAAAUUGUCUUUUUUUUUUUUUUUUAUUAUAACACAGUCCAUUUUACUAUGAACAAUCACAAAUGCACAAAAAUGAACCAAUUUGUUUACUAUGUGCAAAUUUGCACCUUUUUAAAGAUUUUGUUUUUCCAACAUAACAGUAACAUAAAACUUUGAUUAGAUAGAACCAUUACAAAUCAGGGAGAGUACUUCUGACUGUUACAGAUUGCACCUUUUUUUAUAAGACUCAUAACCUUUCCUUGUCCUUACGGAGCAUCUUUGAAACACUCCUAUCAUUCAAACAUUAUGCAGUAUAAUGAUGUAGUUUUCAUUCAAAGGACAGCAUAUACAUAUAUUUAGACAGCAUAUAUUUUCUGAAAAUGUGAGAGUAAGGACCAUGGCGUAAAACAAGGGAACGUAUUUAUGUUGAAAUAUUUUUGCGAGUCCGAAAAGUGACUGUUGACACUGUUUUAAUGUCGCAAUGAUCAAAAGUCUUAAAACAUCCACAACUGUCUCCCUGAUGCAUUCCUUUCUGGGUAAACACUUUAGUGAGAAAUGCUGUACACCAAGGUCAAAAAUUUACCUUUUUAUGUCACUAUCAUUUAUGGCUAUGCAAACUCCUCAUCUCUCUUUACUCUUUUUGUUUUGUUGUGCCAACAUCGAAAACAACAAUAACUGCAUUAUGUUUGUCUGAAAAUAAUGGGUGAUUUCUUUGUUUGACAUUUUGGCCUGUGUCUCAAUUCUAAAGAACUUAGCUGCAUUUUGACUCGCAACAUUCGGCAAAGUUGCAUGACAUUAGAAUUUGUCAGUAUAAAGACUUCAUACUGAUGUCUGUGAGUUGUCAGUGUUCACUUUAUCUGCUUGUUUACACCACAUGGGAAGUAGAGAAUAACAUCUGCUUAUACAAAUGGGGAAAAGCAAAACUACAUUGGCGAAGAUGUAUUCUUAUGGUGAAAGGUCAUGUUUAAAAAGUCACCACUCUGUAGAAGCCUACAUCUCCGCACCAAUAUCUGGACGUAGAGUAGAACUCAUAACGUACUGCUGUUGCAUUUAACAGGCUCAAGUAGAAAACUAGUGCCCGUGUCACCUCAUUGUUUGUUAUCCUUCUGGGAUAGGGUUGUACAUUUCAUCCGCAGUCAUGUCUCUGUACCCACGAUUCUGCAGAUGUACCAAGAAAUGUAUUUGUUUGGGAAUAAAUGACACAACCUUUAACACUCA